AUGACCAAUAAGAAUAAUGUCCAUAGCAAUCAGUACAAUGACCCCAUUGACCAGUACACAAAAAAACACCGAUACCAAAGAGAACUGAACACUGACCAGCACAUCGACCACAGUGACAGUGCAUCGACCACAGAAACCAUAAAACCGACCAGCAUAUCAACCACAGAGACCAAGACCAGUACACUGACCAGCACAUCCACCAAAGAGACCAGUACACCAACCACAUUGACCACAGAGACCAGUAUACCGACCAGUACAUCGACCACAGUGACCAGAACACCGACCAGUACAUCGACCACAGUGACCAGAACACCGACCAGCACAGCCACCACAGAGACCAGUACACUGACCAGCACAUCAACCACAGUGACCAGUACACCGACCAGCACAGCCACCACAGAGACCAGUACACUGACCAGCACAUCGACCACAGAGACCAGUACACCGACCACAUCAUCCACAGUGACCUGUACAUCGUCCACAUUGACCACAGAGUCCAGUACACCGACCAGCACAUCGACCACAGAGACCAGUACACCGACCACAUCGUCCACAGUGACCAGUACAUCGUCCACAUUGACCACAGAUACAUCUACCACAGUGACCAGUACACUGACCAGCACAUCGACCACAGAGACUAGUACACCGACCAGCACAUCGACCACAGAGACCACCACCACAGAGACCAGUACACUGACCAGCACAUCCACCACAGAGACCACCACCACAGAGACCACUACACUGACCAGCACAUCGACCACAGAGACCAGUACACCGACCACAUUGACCACAGAGACCAGUACACCGACCAGCACAUCGACCACAGAGACCAGUACACUAACAACAACAUCGACCACAGUGACCAGUACACUGACAAGUACAUCAACCACAGAGACCAGUACACUGACCAGCACAUUCACCACAAAGACCAGUACACCAACCACAUUGACCACAGAGACCAGUAUACCGACCAGUACAUCGACCACAGAGACCAGUACACUGACCAGCACAUCCACCACAGAGACCAGUACACCGACCACAUCUACACCGACCAGCACAUCGACCACAGUGACCAGUACACCAAGCAGCACAUUGUCCACAGUGACCAGUACACUGACCAGCACAUCCACCACAGAGACCAGUACACCAACCACAUUGACCACAGAGACCAGUACACCGACCAGUACAUCAACCACAGUGACCAGUACACCGACCACAAUGACCAGUACACCGACCAGUACAUCGACCACAGUGACUAGUACACCGACCAGUACAUCAACCACAGUGACCAGUACACCGACCACAGUGACCAGUACACCGACCAGUACAUCGACCACAGUGACCAGUACACCGACCGGCACAUCGACCACAGAGACCAGUACUCUGACCAGCACAUUCACCACAGAGACCAGUACACCAACCACAUUGACCACAGAGACCAGUAUACCGACCAGUACAUCGACCACAGAGACCAGUACACUGACCAGCACAUCCACCACAGAGACCAGUACACCGACCACAUCUACACCGACCAGCACAUUGACCACAGUGACCAGUACACCGACCAGCACAUCAACCACAGUGACCUGUACACCGACCAGCACAUCCACCUCAGUGACCAGUACACCGACCAGUACAUCGACCACAGAGACUAGUACACUAACAACAACAUCGACCACAGUGACCAGUACACCGACCAGUACAUCAACCACAGAGACCAGUACACUGACCAGCCCAUCGACCACAGUGACCAGUACACCAACCAGCACAUCCACCACAGUGACCAGUACACCAACCACAUUGACCACAGAGUCCAGUACACCGACCAGCACAUCGACCACAGUGACCAGUACACCAACCAGCACAUCGACCACAGUGACCAGUACACCGACCAGCACAUCCACCUCAGUGACCAGUACACCGACCACAAUGACCAGUACACCGACCAGUACAUCGACCACAGUGACUAGUACACCGACCAGUACAUCAACCACAGUGACCAGUACACCGACCACAGUGACCAGUACACCGACCAGUACAUCGACCACAGUGACUAGUACACCGACCAGUACAUCAACCACAGUGACCAGUACAUCAACCACAGUGACCAGUACACCGACCACUGUGACCAGUACACCCACCACAUCGACCACAGAGACCAGUACACCGACCACAUUGACCACAGAGACCAGUACACCGACCAGCACAUCGACCACAGUGACCAGUACUCCGACCAGUACAUCAACCACAGUGACCAUAGGCUCUGAGUCCAGUUCAGCUGCCAGUGUGUCUCCCACGGUGACCAACCCAUCAACAAGGACCAGUACAAUCAAGAUUGCCACAGAGUCCAGAUCUCAAGCCACCACAUCAACCACACUGUCAAGCAAGCUGACUGCUACAUCGACCAAACCCACACUGUCCAAUGAGCCGACCAGCACAUCAAUGAUCAGUACAACCAAGAAGAUCACCACGGAGCACAGUAACCACAGAGUCGAGUACAGUGACCAGCAUGAGUCCAGUGACCUGUACGAUGAUCUGUAUUCCAAUCACACAGUCCUCCACACCGGCCAGUGCACCCACCACAUUCUUCAGCACAUUGUGCACUACACUAGGCUCUGUGUCUACUGCAGCCGCCAGUGUGUCUCCCACGGUGACCAACCCAUCAACAAUAAUCAAUACACCAACCAAACUCAUCUCCACCGGCACAUCAACAACAGUGACAAGUACACAAUCCUCAGAGACCAGUUCACUGAACAACACAUUGACCACAGAGUCCAGCUCACCGACCACAGAGUCCAGCUCACCGACCACAGAGUCCAGCUCACCGACCACAGAGUCCAGCGCACUGACCACAGGGUCCAGCGCACUGGCCACAGGGUCCAUCCCAUCAACCACAGGGUCCAUCCCAUUGGCCACAUGGUCCAGCUCAUCGACCACGUGGUCCAGCUCAUCGACCACAUGGUCCAGCACAUCGAACACAGGGUCCAGCACAUCGACUACAGAGUCUAG